UGAUUCUUCUUUCCUGCGUAGUGGCUAGUGGCACAUCAAGCUCAGAUCAAACGAGCUGUGUUGUCGUUGGCACAUCACACCAAUAGUGCAAUUGAAACAGCAGCGCACAUCAGUCCUACAGUGCUCUCGUUAUUACAGAUCUGUGACCGUCUAUUCCUCUACCUCCUGCCUCGAUACACGGGGGACAGCGAAACUCUAAAAGCCUGGGCGGCACAUCAUCACGACUAGCAACGCACGCGCCUUCACGCGACGGGCUGACGUCACGGAAAACAGAAAGUCAAAACAAACUUCUUGACAUCCCUUCUACACUCAUCCCCCAGAUUUGGGUGAUCUGAUUGUGUGAAACUCAGCUCCUCACUCACUGCGUCGUGUUUUGCUAGGAUGAUCUCCAUCGCUCUUCUAUUGGCGGCACCCGCCUCGGCCCUGCCGGCAUUCUUCUCCACACAAACACCACUUCAGCCUCUCGGUCACUCGCAAGGAUACAAAUUCGACGCUCUCCACCACCUCCCCGGAAUAUCACCCUACUUCGAUGCUAUUGGGUUUGGCCUGGAUCAUAAUGCGCCCGUCGGUUGUGAAGUCACAGCUGUAUCGUACAUCAUCCGCCAUGGCGCGAUCUAUGCCAACGACAAAGAGUACGCGGAGUACAUCAAGCCUUUCCUCUGGAAACUGGAACAGCAACGUCAGGGUUGGUCCGGUCCGCUAGCCUUUAUGGAGAAAUGGCAAAGCCCGAUUUUGGAAGACAAGCUCGAGGACCUCACACCAAGUGGCGCUGUUGCCGCCGAGAAGAUGGGUAGACACUUCAUGGAACACUACCCGGAUCUUAUUCCCGAUACACAGCGUGUUCUUACAGACAAGAAGUCGCGUACUUACGACACGGCCAAGAACCUCAUCAAGGCUUUUCCGCACAGCGAAGAGAUGGAAAUCGUUCGCGUGACCAAGAACGAAAAUGGCUCCAUGGAAGCGCUCAUUCCCCAUAAAUCCUGCCAGGCCUUCAACAAGGACCCAGGAACCAAGGAGCAGAAGGAGUUCAUCAACAUCUACGGUGCGAGCGUCUCUAAGCGUCUUGCACCCAUGAUGCCCUUCGAACUUACACCUAAUGACGUCGUUGGCUUCCAGAUGCUCUGCGGUUACGAAAGUGCCAUCGUUGGCAAACGCUCCGAAAUCUGUGCGUUGUUUACAGACGCAGAGUGGAUGGCAUAUGAGUAUGCCUGGGACCUGAAGUAUGCCUAUAUGGUUGGACCGAUGAACCCACUUUCGUCUUACCUCGGCUUCCCCUGGCUGCAGACUCAAGCCGAGCUCUUCUCGCACAUCAGCAAGCACGAUGCGCCUGGCGGUGGCUGGCCUGAUGAGCAACGCUUCUUCCUAUCCUUCACGCAUCGCGAGGUUCCCCCCUUUGUCGCCACAGCACUCGGUCUGUUCAACUCUUCAUCCUCUGCCGCAGAGGAGUUCCCUACAGAUCACAUCAACUGGACGCGUGCGUGGAAAAUGUCUGACCUUAUCCCGUUCCUGGGCCAUGUUGGUAUGGAGAAGAUGACGUGUGAGCGAAGCGCAGCGUCUGGCGAUGGUCCUGGAGAGUUCGUACGCUUCAUUGCGAACACGGCGCCACGACCUAUUCUAGAAUGUCAGAGCGGGCCUGGUGCAAGCUGUCCGUUUGACCAGUUCAAGAAGAUGAUUGGCAAGGGUUCGGCAGCGCACAAAGACUUCCACAAGGUGUGCGACAAAAAGGAUUGAAUUGAGAUCAUGUAUGAUAGCGCUGUAUGAUAUAAAAAUAUACUUUUUUGGGUGAA